GAAGCAGUCUCAUCUCAUCUUUUUAAUUCGAUCAUAGUGAUGAAGUAAAAGUAGGACUUUGUUCUUACCUCUCUGUUGUUUUCUUAUACUUAAUUCACGCAAUUCGCAUUUCUCUACGAUUCAUUUCUGCUGUUUGAAUCUGUAUAUAAUAUUAGAUGAAUAAAGUAAAGCUUGUAAUAUUCGGAUCACUUGUGGUAAACCAAUAAGAAAGUACAGUGAGAAAUUAUGAAAUCUUUAAAGAAAUUUAAUAACACAGUUUUAAUCUUUGAAGUCUUACGUCUAUCGUGGAUAAACCAAAUUUCUAGAAAUUUAAACUCGGCACCCCCAUGGCCGGCCCUGAUAAAAGAGACUACCCACGCUGGCAGCUAAAUAGAAAUCAGCUCGCUUCUGACACCAGAACAUGGCACUUCAUGGCCCAGCCGUUGUUGCUCUCUUGGCAGCCUUUUUGGCCAGCGCUGCACAGGGCGAAGAUUGUUCUUUCCCCUUCUGUCAGGAAUUUGGCGGCCACCAAGUCCGGUGCGAAAGUCCCUCUAUGGGUCAGUACUUUCCCCAUCCUGCCGAUUGCCACCAGUACAUACGGUGCAGCUUCGCGGGGAUUUUCGCAAUGACGUGCCCUCCUGGAACGGCCUGGGACCAAGGCCUCAUGACCUGCGCUCACAAGGCCAAUGUCGCCUCCUGCAAGAAGGUCCCUGAGAUCUGCGACUGCGACUGCUGCUUCCGUGCCGACCCCGAUGACGUCGCUGGCUUCGUCUACUGUGUAACUAGUGCAGGAGGUGCAAAAGCCACGCCCUACAAGCUUCGUUGCCCAGAUGGCCGAAAAUGGGAUGAUUCUACCGCGUCAUGUGUGUAAGAUACGAUUACUGGUGAAUGGCAAGCACAGAUAACACAUUCAAAAGCGAUAGUUACGAUAAAAAGACUCGGUCACGUUCUAUAAGUGUAAACAGUAACAGAACCAUGAACAAGCCAUGGCCGUGAGAGUGAAAACAGACUUGUUGUAAGGGAAGAAACACGUAAACCCAAAUGAAGUUCUCAGAAGAUCGAAACCUCAAAGAAGAAAACGUAUAGCGAAAUCUCACAAAGGAAGAACAGCGGCGCCAGCCACACGACCGAAGACGAAGAGAAUUAUCGGACAUUGAUUAAACCAUCUCGCGUUCUUUUAGCGGGACUCACAUAUAAGCUUCCGAUCAACGCCGGCGCGGACUUGUUUCAGGGCCGUUCGGAUUUCGUGUUUUUUUUUCCCCUGUGAAGUACUCUAUGAAUGAAAUGUUGACGUGGACUUCUUUGA